UCAUUGAUAGCAACGUUUUAAGAAUGAGGAACAGAAAUCAAGCCAAAUUAACUUGUUCAACUGAAAUAAGGAAAUAAACAGGUGCAAAACGGCAAUAUUUUUCGGACUGUUAGGUGAAAACCAGACUUCAUUAUCAGAGCCGCCGACUCUGUGAGUUAACGCAUCAGCGCGUCUUCACAUCCUCAAAAUAUAAAAGAUUGAAUUACUGCAGGAUAUGACUCGUUAGCGACCAGUGCGUGAAAUCACAUGGAGGUGCUCUUGUGCUCACAUGACAGUCUGAACCAUGGCAGGAGAGAUCAAUGAAGGCUCAGUUCCUGCAUAUUACAGAGAAGUAUAUGAGGCCAUCUGCUGUAGGACAGAUGGGAGAGUGCAGGUUGAAGUUUUUCAGCGGUUGCUUCAAAGGACCGAGCUUUCCAAGGCGGUUUUAGGCCAGAUUGCUGAGCAUGUUGACUCCACAGAUGGAUUCCUGAGCAAGUUGUCACUCUAUAAAGCGCUGGCUUUGAUUGCUCUUGCUCAGCAAGGGAAGCAACCGAGUCCCAAACUCUUGGAGAACUGCAUACAAGAGUUACCAAAGCCUCAGCUUGGGGAGCCCGGGGACUUGAGUGCAUUGAGGAUGCAGCCUGCCCAAGAGGACAUACUCACGGUGUCCCAGACGCUGGACAAACUGCUGGCUCGAGACACAGUCCAGGUGGAGCUAAUACCUGAGAAGAAGGGCUUGUUCCUCAAACACGUGGAGUACCAGGUCACCAGCCAGCGAUAUAAAAUAUCAGUUUACCGACGCUAUAGUGAUUUCGACGUCUUCCAUGAGGUUUUGCUUCAGAGAUUUGCCUACAGGGUCGUGCCGGCACUGCCACCCAAAAGAAUGUUAAAGGGAGUCCUGACCUCUGUCUCUGAGCGCGAGUUCAUUGAGGGGAGGAGACGUGCUCUUGGCAGAUUCAUCAACUUGGUGGCACGGCAUCCCUUCUUCUCAGAGGACGAGCUGGUCAAGACCUUCCUCACCUUCAAUGGCUCUGAUGUCCAGACUAAGCUGCGUGACACUUAUAAGAAAUCUGGUGAUGAGUUCAUGACCAACAGAAUUGCAACCCAGGCAAAGGAAUAUCUCCCCGCCGACAUCCAGGCUCAGUUCUCCACAAGCAGAGAGCUGAUUAGAAAUAUUCACAACAGCUUCCACAAGCUGAGGGACAGAGCUGAGAAGAUGGCGGAGCGCUCGAAGGAGAAUGCAACUGAUCUUCUCAUGUUUGGCAGAGAACUCAGUACGCUGGGCUCAGAUGCUUCGUCUCUUCCCUCCUUGGCCUCUUCACAAAGCACCUGGGGGGCCCUGCGUCAGUCUCUGAAGAGUCUGUCUGUGGAGUUCGCCAUGUUGUCCGACAAAGCUGCUCAGCAGGGCAGACGGGAGGAGGAUGAUGUUGUGGAAAAACUGAAUCUUUUCCUGGAUUUGCUGCAGUCGUACAGAGAUCUCUGUGAGCGCCACGAGAAGGGCGUACUCCACGAGCACCAGAGAGCUCUGCACAAGUACAGUGUGAUGAAGAGGCAGAUGAUGAGCGCCACAGUGCAGACUAAAGAGCAGGCAUCAGUGGAGCAGCUGGAGUCACGAAUUGUUCAGCAAGAAAACGCCAUUCAGACGAUGGAGCUGCGAAACUACUUCUCCCUGUUCUGCCUUCAUCAAGAGACGCAGCUUAUCUUCAUCUACCUUCCAAUCACAUCCCACAUUCUGGGGGCUUUCGUUAACUCCCAGGUCCAAGGACACCGAGAGAUGGGAGAGGUGUGGAAUGAACUCCAGCCAAAGCUUGGAUGUCUCUUUGGUGGUAAAAAUGGAUUGAAAUCCCCGAUCUGAAACCUAAAUACAUGAGAUGGAGGGAGAGAAACACUGCCGCUGAGGAGGAUCACAAACUGGAAAAUAACUCCGAAAAAUAUCAAAUGCUCAGCUUUUUCCCUGCUGCAAAGUCGUACAUUACACAAUAUACAUUCCAUUCAAUAAGAGGAUUCUUAACAUAAAUGGAUGCUCAGCUUCUUUACUUAUUUUGGGCUUGAUCGUCAACCAUGUAAGUGGAAAAGACAGAGGGCUCAUAAAUCUGCCAUUUCAUGCUCUGCUUGACGAGAAAACAAUUUCCAUUUCCAAAUCAAGGAAACAAAAUCCUCUAAAUGUUAUUUUAUAAGGGCACAGUCAGCAUAUCUGACUUUGAGGAUGGCAGAAUAUUCAUGCAUUCCAUCUCACUGCCUAAAACACCUGUUUAUAACUUAACCUUGUAAGAAGUUUUAUACACUAAGAUAGUUGAGAAAGAAAUUGCAAAAAGUUUUACUUUAUUAAAGGAUGGGAUUAUUUUAAAUCUCCAGCCAUGAAGGUUUUUGGUUUUACUUGCUGAAUAACUUUAGACCAACGUAUUUUUGAUACAGAUUUUAGUUUGCAAGGACAUGUAGCAGCAUAUUUUAUACUUGUAUGGAAAAAUGUUUCUCUCAAUGUUAUAAUAUUUACUUCUGUGUUGCUCUCCGCUUAAAGUGUUUUCAAGACUCUCACUUUUACUUUAUAAGCUAUUAAGAGAAUCCUACACUCUACUAUGGUGUACAAUACUACAAAGGGCAAAGAUUUUAGAUUUAUAGAUAAAAUAAACAAAAAAACAAAACUGG